UAUUAUCAAUCCCACUCUGCUGCUUCCUGUUUAUAAUUUUUCUUUUCUUCUUCCUUUUUUCCAUUGACACACUCUCUCUCUCUCUCUCUGUUGGGCUUCUAACUUCUAAGACAGAUACACACUAGAGACAUCUCUGAAACAUCGUACCUGCAUCUUGUCAUGUCUCUUCAGACAGACCUCUGAUCCCCCGCACUUCUUCUCCUCCAGCCACUGACACUGCCGCCAGUAAUCAAUCCAAGAAUGUGAAGAAGCCAAAAACCCCCUCACAAGACACGAAAGAUGAGAAGAAGAAGAAGAAGAGAACCAUCAUGGGACUUGGAUGCACACUCCCCAGGGUUGCUCUGUUUCAUGGUGUUGCUUCUGUUCCAACAGCAUGCAGCAGCUGCAGGAUCGCGAAAGUUGUCGGGAGACGAUGACGGUGAUGGUGAUGAUGCAGUUGGGCUGUUGGCUUUCAAGAAGUCCUGUGUUCGAUCCGACCCGAAUGGGUUCUUGUCUGAUUGGAAACUAGAUGGUAGUUCUCAGAGUCCAUGUUCAUGGACUGGGGUCUCCUGCUCUAAUUUGACCGGCCGAGUCGAAUCCCUGAACCUGGAGAACGCGGGCAUCAUCGGGACCCUCAACCUUCCUGCCCUCCUUGCCUCCUUGACCGCCCUUCGGUUUUUAAACUUGCAGGGCAAUUCCUUCUCUGCCGGCGACCUCUCGGCCUCUGUCUCCUCCUCUUGCCUUCUCGAGAGCCUUGACCUGUCCUCCAACAAUCUCUCAGACCCUCUUCCUCGGAAUUCGUUCCUAUUCGCUUGCAGCCACCUUGCUUAUGUUAAUCUCUCUCACAACUCAAUCCCGGGCGGCGCACUUCAUAUUGGCUCCUCGCUUCUUCAGCUUGACCUCUCCCGGAAUCAGAUAUCAGAUUCCACCUUCUUAACUGGCUUCCUCACCAGUUGCGGCAAUCUGAACCUGCUUGACCUGUCAGGGAAUAAGCUCACCGGAAAGUUAGGGACUACUCCGUCGUCUUGCAAGAGCCUAUCGUUUCUUGACCUGUCGAAUAAUCAACUAUCCGGGGAGAUACCUCCGAGCUUUGUUGCAGACUCCCCUGCAGCUCUCCGGUACCUCGAUCUCUCUCACAACAACUUCUCCGGCAGCUUCUCGGGGCUCGACUUUGGUAGCUGUGGGAAUCUGACCUCGCUCAAUCUAUCGCAUAACAGCCUCUCUGACGUCCACUUUCCGGGCAGUUUAAGGAAUUGUCAGCUUCUGGAGACCGUAGACCUCUCCCACAAUGAGCUAGGAGGCAUGAUUCCUGGUAACUUGUUGCAAGAUCUCAAGAAUCUCAGGCUAUUGUUUCUGUCCAACAAUCAGUUUUCAGGUCAUAUCCCCCCAGAACUCGCGCUGACCUGUGGUAUCCUCGAGGAGCUUGAUCUUUCCGCGAAUGAUCUCGAUGGCGGCUUGCCCCUGACAUUUAGCCUGUGCUCCUCUUUGCGGAGUCUUGAUCUUGGGAACAAUCAUCUCUCUGGAGAUUUUCUCGAGACAGUCGUAAGCAACCUCUCGAGUCUCCACUACCUCCGAUUGCCAUUCAACAACAUCACCGGUCUCAUUCCCGUGGCUCUGACUAGACUUCCUCAGCUACGGGUGCUCGACCUUAGCUCGAACGGCUUCAUAGGGAAUGUUCCUUCUGGGUUCUGCUCCUCUUCAUCCUACUCGCCUUUGCUGGAGAAGUUGCAGCUCCCCGGGAACUACCUUUCAGGAACCGUGCCUUCAGAGCUCGGAAACUGCAAGACCCUGAGAGCCAUCGAUCUUAGCUUCAACAGCCUGAGCGGAGAAAUCCCGAAGGAAAUCUGGGCUCUGCCGAAACUCUCCGACCUCAUUAUGUGGGCCAACAAUCUCACUGGCGAGAUUCCUGAAGGAAUUUGCAGGAACGGACGGAACCUCGAGACCUUGAUUCUUAACAACAACCUCAUCUCCGGCAGCAUCCCUCAGUCCAUUGCCAACUGCACGAACAUGGUAUGGGUAUCUCUCUCGAGCAACCGCCUCACAGGAUCAAUCCACUCCGGAAUCGGGAAUCUUCGAAACUUAGCAAUCCUCCAACUCGGCAACAAUUCACUGACGGGAAUGAUUCCAAUGGAGAUAGGCAAUUGUCGGAGCCUUAUUUGGCUCGAUUUAAACAGCAAUGAGCUCACCGGUCCUGUCCCUCCAGAGCUCGCCAAGCAAGCCGGCCUCAUAAUGCCUGGAAGUGUCUCAGGGAAGCAGUUUGUAUUCGUGAGGAACGAAGGCGGAACAUCUUGCAGAGGAGCUGGUGGACUGGUCGAGUUUGAGGGGAUCAGACGGUCAAGGCUGGAGAGCUUCCCAAUGGUCCACUCUUGCUCAUCAACUAGGAUUUAUUCGGGAAUGGCGGUGUACACUUUCGGGGGCAAUGGGAGCAUGAUAUACCUCGAUCUGUCGUACAACUCCUUAUCAGGGACAAUUCCCAACAACUUUGGAUCUAUGACCUAUCUCCAGGUCCUGAACUUGGGGCAUAACACUCUCACUGGAUUGAUCCCCGACUCUUUCGGGGGUCUGAAAGAAGUUGGCGUACUCGACCUCUCACAUAAUAACCUUGAAGGAACCAUCCCCGGGUCCUUGGGGUCCCUCAACUUCCUCAAUGAUCUCGAUGUAUCGAACAACAACCUUAGUGGUCUCAUCCCCUUGGGGGGUCAACUCAGCACCUUCCCAGCCUCGAGAUAUGAGAACAAUACGGGCCUCUGCGGGUUGCCUUUGCCUCCCUGUGGCUCUGGGAACAGACCGGACUGCCCGUCAAAUCCUUCUUUGGGGGUAAGAAAGCAGUCUUUUGCGGCCGGAAUAGUCAUCGGGAUAUUGUUCUUCUUCAUUUGCUUGUUCACGGUGGUGGCCUUGUACCGAGUGAAGGAGAACCAGAAGAAAUCGGGACUGGAAGAGAAUAAGUAUGUAGAGAGUUCCUUGGCUUCGGGGAGUACCAACUGGAAAAUCUCGAGCAUUCAUGAGCCUCUGAGCAUCAACGUAGCAACAUUUGAGAAGCCUCUCCGAAAACUGACCUUUGCAGAUUUACUUGAAGCGACAAAUGGUUUUAGUGCGGAGAGUCUUAUCGGGUCUGGAGGAUUUGGGGAGGUCUACAAGGCAAAACUGAGAGAUGGCAAUGUAGUCGCGGUUAAGAAACUCAUUCACACCACCAGUCAGGGGGACAGAGAAUUCAUAGCGGAAAUGGAGACGAUUGGGAAGAUCAAGCACCAGAACCUGGUCCCCUUGAUGGGCUACUGCAAGGUCGGAGAGGAGAGGCUCCUUGUGUACGAGUACAUGAAGUUCGGGAGCCUUGAGUCUGUUCUUCAUGAUCAUCGGAUCAAUGGAAGAAUCCCUGCUCCUGUAAAGCUUGACUGGGCUAUGAGGAAGAGGAUCGCGAUUGGGGCAGCCAGAGGACUGGCAUUCCUUCACCACAGCUGCAUCCCUCACGUCAUUCAUCGGGACAUGAAGUCGAGCAAUGUCCUAUUGGAUGAGCAUCUCGAGGCUAGAGUUUCCGACUUUGGCAUGGCAAGAUUGGUCAAUGCCCUCGACACCCACCUAAGCGUGAGCACCCUCGCAGGGACACCGGGAUAUGUUCCCCCGGAAUAUUACCAGAGCUUCCGCUGCACGACCAAGGGAGAUGUCUACAGUUAUGGGGUCGUACUCCUGGAGCUUCUUUCUGGGAAGAGGCCUAUAGACCCGAGCAAGUUCGGUGAUGAUAAUAACCUAGUUGGAUGGGGGAAGCAGCUCUACCGAGAUAAUAGGAGUAAUGAGAUACUUGACCCGGAACUAGUGGUGAGAAAAUCUGGUCAGGCCGAGCUGUACCAUUAUCUUAGGGUUGCAUUGGAUUGCCUCGACGACAGGCCUUACCGCAGACCAACAAUGAUUCAGGUGAUGUCGAUGUUUAAGGAGCUUCAGGUCGAUUCUGGAAGCAGUGACGUCCUCGACGGAUUCUCGCUGAAAGAAGCAGCCAUUGAUGAGUCCCGAGAAAAGGAACCUUAGUUAAGGAACGAUUUUAUCUUUCCCUGCUGUAAAUAACAGAUUUCACGACAUACAGAAAUGUUAGAAGGAACAGAACAAGGCAAGUAAAUCCAGAUCAGCUUCGACCAACAUCAUUAACGUUUGCUAA